AUGGCCAACAACCAGGAACGUAUUAAUCAGGUGUCGGAUCAGCUGACGGCAGCCAUGGAGCAGGCCAAAGGUGCUGUAGCUGAAGCUGCGACUAAAGUCAGCGAUUUCUUCCAAGGAAAUCCGUUUGAGACCGAAGUUGGCAAGAAAAUCGGUUUGUUUAAUUUAAAAUUGAUCUCUUCGAAUUUUAGGAACUGUACAAUAUUAUCGUAGUACGCUAAAAUAUUUCAAAAAAAUAAUAGUAGUCAACACUCAUGUUAUGCAAAACAACAAGAUCUUUCAGAAAUGGCAACUGAUGCUGACCGUCUUCAAACCGAGAAUUGGGGACUGAAUCUUGAAAUCUGUGACUACAUUAACUACACAAACGAUGGAGGACGCAACGCUUUAAGGGCGAUCAAACGAAGACUCGAGACCCAGAUGGGAAAGAACAACGGAAUUGUGAUGUAUGCUCUUACCAUCCUCGAAACAUGUGUCAAGAACUGCGACCAACGAUUCAAGGCGUUAGUGUGUCAGAAGGAGUUCAUUAACGAGUUGGUGCGGAUGAUUGGAUCCAAGUACGAUGCCCCACAAGCUGUUCAGGAAAGAGUUCUGGAACUCAUUCAGGUACUUUUAUGGCUUAUAAUUAUAAAAAUAGCUACUUAUGGGUAAAUAUACUAAAUUAAUUAUACUGUGAGCAUACCACUAUCCUUUACUUAUAUUUGGCUAAUAUUACUUCCUUCAGGCUUGGGCUGACGCUUUCAGAGGCAACCCAGCAUUAGUUGGCGUCUGCGAAGUGUACGACGAGCUCAAAGCUAAAGGAGUCGAGUUUCCGGCUACUGAUUUUGACAAGAUGGCUCCAAUCAUCACUCCAAAAAGGGUAUGUGCAGAUGCACUUUUAAGUUUAUCUUCUAUAUUUGUACCGUAGCUUUUGUGUUUGAUGUUGUAUCGUGCACGUAUUGUAGACAGUAUUCACCGAACCACAACAAGCAGCUACACAGCCAGCUACACAAACAGCUACAACACAGCCACAGCCAGCUCAAUAUUCACUCCAAACAUUUCCAGUGCCUGUCGCUGGGAACUCUGGAAACUUUAUUUCUGCACAAAGGAUUGUAUGUAGUACUGUAUUAUGGUGAUCCUAGACUAUUUUUUAGUUCGGAUUUUGAUGUUAUUUUUCAUUUUUACAUCAGAAUUUUUAGUUUAUAUAAUUUCUAAUCAAGACAGCUUUGUUUUUCGUACUCACAUUACGAUUUGUUUUUUUCAGACCUCGGCACCAUUGCCAGGCCAACAAGGUACACAAAACGAAGCUGCCCCACAAGAUCCAUUGACUAAGCUGAGAGCUGAUGUGGACGUGGUUACAGUAAACAUCACAGUCCUGAGAGAUCUUCUGAGCGAUCUGAAGCCAGGAGAAGAGCUUCCAGAAGAGUUGCAAUUGGUAGAAGAACUCUACAAAAGUCUUCAGAAUAUGCAACACAGAAUUGUGGAUCUGAUUAACUUGGAGUUCAGUGACGAUGUAACAUGUAAGCCAUGCCUCUGGUUUGAUCACUAGUUGGAUAUUUUACAUUACGAUUUUUGGCAACAAUAAUCAUCAUAACCGAUUUUGUAUCUUUAAUAUACUUUAUAAAUUUGCAGAUGAAUUGAUUACUGUAAACCAAGAAAUCAACAACUGUUUCGAGAAGUACACCCGCUACAUGGCCAAGAAAAAGGGAGAAAAACCACUUGAAACUCCAGAAACCGAAGAUGCCAAGCAACUCCGUGAACAGCUAGAGUCCUUUGGCGUUUACGAAGGAGUUGGAACUUCAAAGGACACCGAUCCGUAAGUUGUACUUUGCUUCUCCCAUGUUUGGUAUUACAAAAUAACUCUACCAACUAUAUUUAAUCUUACUGCUGUUUUUCGAUUUGCUUAUGAUCAAUAACAUCUUCUUUGCAUUGAAAUGUUUCAGAAACCGUAAAUCGGCCGAAAAAUCUUCAUCCGACGAACCCCAAAUAGAUUCCCUUCGUACUGUAGCCAUGGAAAAGCCCAUGUUAACAGAUGAUCAGGCCAAGGAAGUGGCCGAGUGGCUCGGCCAAGAGCCGGCUCCAAAAGAACCAGAAACAAAACAGAAACCUGACGACGGCCUCUAA